CUGCUUUGCCACCCGGCCGAGCCUCGCCCAUCACCUGGCUUCUGCUCCCGAAAUACUCUACGAUAAACACGCGCGCCGCGACAGCGAUUUCCUCCGAAGCCCACCGUCUCAUAACCCGGUCAUGUCCCGGGUCUUGUGAUCUCGCUUGUUCUUCAGGUGCCUCGGUUCCUACACCACCUAUCCCCCCCUCUCCCUUCUCCCAUCAACGACACAAUCGGCUCGGCGAUCCCUCCACCACCAUCGGACGUCCUCCUUCGUCUCUAGUUGACCUGGGGUCGGUCGCGCCUGCAGAAUGGAAGAUGUCGACCUCUCCGCCGGUCACCGAGGGCGCGCGUCCUCGUCAAGAAGACCCAGAGCCGCCGCGUGAUCUAGCCAGGUCACCGACGUCCUCCGAGGAUCCAGGUACCAGCACCUCUAUCCUGGCCUCUGGAAGGAGGAGCCUCACGAAACUGUCGCGCAAAGACACGGCGGGAAGAGAGGCGAAGGACAGGAAGGAUGCCGAAAGCGGCGCAAAGACGGCGUCAUCGCAAAUGACGAAUUCCCCAGCCAUCGAUCCCUUAUCUCAUCACAUAUUCGUAAGAACCAACACCGACCGUACCCUUACCGCGAGAUUUCGUACUUCCGGACGCCCCGACAGCCCCGGCAACGAUGCGCUGCCUCGCCUCUCCUCUGAUCACCCGGUUUGGCAAUCAGUUCCGCAGAUCGACCCGUCCAAAGAGAAGAAGAAAGGGGGUUCGUUUCUCAGCCGUCUAAGCAUAAUCGGCGGAAAGAAGAAGGAUGGCAGGAUCCAGGACAGCGAAUCCGAGAUCAGCGAGCUGAGGACCGAGGGCGCGAACGCCGUCGCCUUUUCCUCUACUAUUGGCGCCGGUGGCUAUAUCCCCCACCAUAAGGAGCCGCCACGGUAUAUCAGGGUCAGGGCGCAGAACAAGAAAGUCAAGGAGUUCGAUCGAAUGUUCCUCGCGCAGGAACUGGCCGGGACGCGGAACCCCUUUCAAGACGACCAAGCAAAAGCUGCCGACGGGGCGGAAGGGUAUCAGGGAUCUGACAAGGAUGAGCCGAAGCUGGGUGGUCCGAUAUGGGCUGUCGAGUUCAGCAAGGAUGGCAAAUAUCUCGCCACCGGCGGUCGGGACCGGGUCGUGCGCAUAUGGGCGGUCAUCGCGACGCAGGAAGACCGGGAGGCGUACGAAGAGGAGGAGAAUGCUGCGAACGGGAAGGAGGAGCGCUUGAGCGCGCCUAUCUUCCGCAAGAAGCCGGUUCGAGAAUUCACCGGCCACGUCGGCGAGAUCCUCGACCUUAGCUGGAGCAAGAAUAAUUUUCUUCUCUCUUCGUCAAUGGAUAAGACCGUCCGACUGUGGCACAUAAGCAGGCAAGAGUGUCUGUGCACCUUCAAGCACAAGGACUUUGUCACGUCCAUCGCCUUCCACCCUCGAGAUGACAGGUUUUUCUUGGCCGGGUCCCUCGACUUCUUCCUGCGUCUGUGGAGUAUACCCGACAAGGCCGUCGCCUACUCGAGCCAAUUAUCCGAUUUCAUCACGGCCGUUGGGUUUUCUCCCGACGGGAGGACCGCGAUAGCCGGCUGCUUAAAUGGGUUCUGCGUCUUCUACGAGACCGAGGGACUCAAGUACCAGACGCAAAUCCACGUGCGAUCGUCCCGCGGCAAGAACGCGAAGGGAAGCAAAAUCACCGGCAUCGAAACGAUGAAGUUCCCUCCAGACGCGCCGGACGGGUCGGUGAAGGUGCUCAUCACCUCGAACGACUCCCGAAUCCGGAUCUACGACUUAGGGGAUAAGAACCUCGAGUUGAAGCUCAAGGGCCACGAAAACGCGUGUAGCCAAAUCAGGGCCACCUUCAGCGAUGACGGAAGUUACAUCCUGUGCGGGAGCGAGGAUAAAAGAGCGUUUAUAUGGUCGACUAGCGCGAGAUUGUCCGAGAACAGAGAGAAGCGUCCCUGCGAGUAUUUCGAGGCUCACUCGGACAUUGUCACGGGAGCCAUCUUCGCCCCGACAGCCACGCGGCAGUUACUGCAAUCGUCCGGCGACCCCAUAUUCACGCUCUGCAACCCGCCGCCCGUGACUCUGUUGAGCAAAGAGGAGGAGUCGGCGACGCAGACGCUCGAGUCGCAGGAUGUGCAGCCCGAGAUAUCGGGCAAUAUCAAGAAGCCGGACGAGUCUCCGGGCUUCAUCGCCCGCUCGACGCACUACGACGGCAACAUCAUUGUGACCGCGGACCAUUCAGGUCUCAUCAAGGUCUUCCGGCAGGACUGCGCCUUCACGAAGCGCCGGCACGACACCUGGGAGACUGGUUCGACCUUCUCGAAGAAAAUCGGGCGCGACGGCCUGCUCGGCCGCACCGGCAGCGUGAUCACACGGCUCAGCGCCAGCAGCCGGGACCCGCACUCACGGCGCAGCUCGCUCACGCAGCCACCCACAGGAAUCUUCCAGGACCGUAUCAACACGUGGCGCCACGGUGUCGAGGGGGGGCAUCACCACCACCAUAACGCUAGCGGCGGGCGCCCUGUCUCGCUCAUAUUCUCGACACCGACACGCAGCGAGCGAUCACUGUCGCCCGGGAAGGCCAGCCGUGGCACACCUGCCAACGCCCCCACCUCGAACCCUACCACCAAUCCCGGCGGGGGGCGGCCGUACGCGAGCCCCACGCUCAGCGUGCAGACGAAUCGAACCGGACCAUCCACGACCACUACGACGACCACAACGCUACCUCCAACGCCGAGCUUCUCCCUACGACCACUCGACAACGAGGCGGACCACGACAGUCACGGCGGUGGUGGUGGUGAGCGGCGACCCGAGCGCCUGUCAGGCUACUCGCUCCGGGGCCUAAACCGGUGGCGCAACGUUGGGCAGCUGCGGGGCGGUGGGCCCGGCGACGGCAGCAGCGGUGGUUCUACAGUGUUGCCAAUAAGCUACUCGAACGGAGGGCACACUGACGACUCGGCGAAGAGCGAUCGGAGGAAAAGCAUGGGGGUGGAGGCGGAUACCGCCGCGGCGGCGAGUAAGGGCGGUGCCGCACAGGAGAAGAAGGCGGAUCGACGACGGAGCGUACCGGCUAGCGUGCUCUUGCAGCAGCAGCAGCACCAUCAGCACCAUCAAAACCAUCAACACCAAGCGUCCCCGCGCCCAUCGACUCCAGACCAGGGCGUGGAGGGCCGUGGUCAGGGCCAGGGCCGACUGGCACCAUCCCUACUCCCUCCUCACCCUACUCCUGCCCUCGACCCUCCAUCCGCUCGCCUCUUGUCUACUCCGUCGUCGGCUAGGCCUGGGGCGGUGGUUGUCGGUCGCCGGAGCAAGGAGGUGUCGAGAGGAGAGGAGGAAGACGGCGAGGAUAUGCGGUGUUCGGCGUGUGGCAGCAGGGACUUCCGCGCUAAGAAGGUACCGGGGCGCCAAAGGCAGCGACUGCACUGCGGACGGUGCGGGAGGUUAGUUGGUGUGGAGGCGUGAGCCCUGCUGCGCGGAUCGUCGUCUCAUCCCUGUUGUGUGUCGGCUUUCUCUCCGAGAGAGUGUGUGUCGACAGGGGUGGAGAGGGGAUGCUUGGGGCUGUUAAUUAUUAUUUAUUCGAACGACAGGACGUCGCUGCGGAAGAAGAGGGGAGGGG